AUGACCAGACCCUCGAACAAUAAAUCUGAUGCCACUACACCAGCCACCUCAAGCUAUUUUACGGCAUCCAAACGAGGGGUCUGGUGCAUUGGAUCCGAUGUGAUCCUAGAAGACCGCCCAGACAAAGGUCCAAAAACGCAAGUCGAAGUCAAACCACUCAAGGACCUAGCAAAUUGCCCCGAAAUACCCGUCCCAAGGGGUUUACACGAUGGGUUCGAUCGCGACGGACGAUACUUCGGAACGAGCGGAUAG